AUGCGCCAAAAUACGUCUGCAUCCAUGUCGAUGCCUAAGUUGACAGUUCGGUGCAGUGCGCCUGCUGCCAUUGGAACGGGGGUACGCGCGAUCCGGCGUGUUGUGGUGCACGCAAGUAUUUUGAAAGCUUCACAAUUGUGCUCUGGUGAUGUGGUCGCCUUAUCAGGGACAGAUGGCAAAAUCACCAAGAAGGAUUUUGCAAUCGGGACAUUGUGGCCGUCUCUAGAUAUUCCGCAAGAUGUCAUUCUGAUAUCGUCCUCGCUUUUUCUUACGGCACGGCUCAAGGAAGGCGCAACGGUACAAGUAUUUGACGUGUCCGAUCAAGGCGCUGGAAGACCCCCUCUCGGCUCACCAACUAUGCGAGAUGUUCAAGAAGCUGGCACCAUCUGUCUGAGAGAAAUUUCCAUAAGAACACGGACUAUGCAAAAUAUGGCCGAUUCACAGGGCAAAGGAAAGCGUAGAGAUUGGCUCACUCUACUACUGCGAGAAUACCUUAGUACGUCAGUUUUAGGUGGCCGCCGUUCUGUCAAUGCGUGGAAUUUCUUUAUAGUCAGUCUCAAAUAUAUUCUUUCCACUCAGAUUAUCGAAGUCCCAUAUCAGGGCGAAAUUCGAACAUUCUCUAUUGAUUCUGUGUCAGCCCAUCACUCGGCAUCAGUUGGUUCCGUGAAUACCAUAACACGCGACCUUAACUCGUUUGCAAUUCAGAUCAAGCCAUCACUUUGGACGGCAGGGUGGGAUACUAUUGUUUCCGUACUAGAAGAUGCGGCCGACCAUGACGUCAGCCUCACGCAAAAGUCUGACAUCGAAACAUUGCCUCACACAUCAAUUUCUGAUGCAUACACCGCUGUCGGAGGACUUGACAAGACAAUCACGCAGAUACGGGAUCUUCUCGAGAUACCGCUCACUAGACCAGAGCUCUUUGGGUAUUUCGGUCUCAAACCGCCCCGGGGAAUAUUAUUACAUGGUCCGCCUGGUACAGGCAAGACACACCUUGCACGUGCUAUUGCAUCAUCCACCAACUCAUCGGUGCUUGUCAUCAAUGGACCUGAGCUUUCUUCAGCCUAUCACGGAGAAACAGAGUCAAAACUCCGGGAUGUAUUCAAGGAAGCUCGAGCUAAGAGCCCAUGUAUCGUCAUUUUGGACGAGGUUGAUGCUCUUGUUCCGAGAAGGGAGGAGGGCGCAGGUGGCGAGGUUGAAAAACGGGUGGUGGCGACACUUUUGACGAUUCUAGAUGGUAUUGACAAUGCGAGCACGACAUUUGAUGAUAGGGUCGUUAUAGGCAUACCGGACGCAGACGCUCGCCACUCCAUUCUGAACGUUCUCCUCUCCAAAACCCCCCAUUGUAUAACAGAUGCAGAACUCCAUUCUAUCGCGCGCCGCGCUCAUGGAUAUGUUGGUGCGGACCUCAGUGCUGUAGUUCGAGAGGCUGGAACCCUUGCCAUCAAACGAUGGAUGACACACACUCCACCGGCAUCCAAUGCUGACCCAGCAGCUACAACAAUGACCCUGAAAUUGACGCCAUCGGACCUUUCAGAAGCGCUUCCUACUGUGCGGCCGUCUGCAAUGCGCUCCCUAUUCAUUGAGACACCGCCCAUUCGGUUUGAAGAUAUAGGUGGGCAAGCCGACAUCAUACAAAAACUUCGGGAAGCAGUCGAGUGGCCAUUAUUACACCCAGAGGCUUUCCACCGACUGGGCGUCCGACCACCAAAGGGCCUGCUAUUGUACGGACCUCCAGGGUGUAGUAAAACCAUUCUGGCUCGAGCUUGUGCAACAGAAAGUGGUGUUAACUUUGUUGCUGUGAAAGGUCCCGAGCUUCUAAACAAAUAUGUUGGAGAGUCGGAAAGAGCCGUGCGAGAUAUAUUCAGUAAAGCCAGAGCUGCGUCACCGUCAAUAAUCUUUUUCGAUGAAAUUGAUGCCCUUGGAACAUCGCGCUCUUCAGAUUCAGAUACUGGAAGUGCACACGAAGGGGUUCUCACCAGCCUCUUGAAUGAAAUGGACGGUGUUCAGGAGCUUGUGGGGGUGACUAUUAUUGCAGCCACGAAUCGCCCCGACGUCAUUGCAAGUUUAUCUGCUUUGAUCAUCAUUGUUAUAUUUCUGACCAUGGAUUACCAGGACUCAGCUCUGAUGCGUCCCGGAAGACUGGAUCGCAUUCUGUACGUUGGACCUCCCGAUCACGCCGGACGUGAAGAGAUCUUGAAGAUAAGGACAAGGACGAUGAGCGUUGAAUCUGACUUAGAUCUUCAUGCAAUAGCAGCCAUGACCGACGGCUGCAGUGGCGCAGAAAUCAGCUCACUGUGCCAGGAGGCUGCUCUAUUGACUAUGCAGAAAGAUAUCAACGCCCCAUUUAUCCCCCAAAGCGCCUUUGUCGCAGCCGCAGGUGCCAUACAAAGGCAAAUCACGCCAGAUGUGAUCAAAAAAUAUCAGCAAUGGAGAAAUCAAACUGGAUCAAGAAGUGUUUGA